AUACUUCAUUUUAAAAUUCAUUGAGAAAGUCGUUUGACGUCGUGCGUUUUGUUGUUGUUUUCGCUGGGCUGAGCGCGUAAAAUUGAAAACUGUAACUUAGAAGUGCCCACUAAAAAUAAAAUCGGCCGUGUGUAUUAGCCACCAAAAAUAUUUUUUUUCUGUGAUUUCAGUACAACAUUAUCGAAUUGGAGUCGUGAAAAAUUCGCUAAAAAGGUUUGCAAAAACCUGGGUGUAAUAAAAAAUAACGGGUGUUUCCUACUGCCAACUGGUAGAUGAGCUAUAAACAAAAAGAGCUACUCUGAAAGUGAUUAAAAAUGCCGAACCAGCUGAACUAAGCGGGUAUAGCAACCACUGCGACCACUUAGCCGAGACGCCAACCGACAAGCAGCAAUAAGGGUGGACCUGCAACCGCAACAGCAUGGCCAUAAACCAGGGCAAAUACAAACCGACGAUCUGCGCCAUCGACGAGGUGGACGACCGCAGCUACAAGCUCCACAACAGCCAGGACGAGAUGGCCAGCAAACAGCAGCUCCAGCAGAUCGAGGGCAGUGAAACGGCGCCCCUCACCACCAACCAGCAGAAGCUCCACAUGGACGACGGCUCCCACCUGACGCCCAAGGACCUGGAGGCGGCCCGGCAGGAUGCCCUCAACGAGGUCAGCGGCGGGGGCGGCGGCAGGACUCCUGCGGCGAACACCCCCAACUCCACACAUCCUUCGGCCAAUGGACUGAGAGCCUUGCUGCUUCCAGGCCGACGUUCCUUCGACGCCCUGAUGAGUCUGUCGCGAAAACGACGCAUCCUGUACGUGACCACCGCCUGCCUGUGCGCCCUGCUCCUGCUGAUCAUUAUCCUGCUGCUGGCCUUCUGGCCGGAGGUGCCCUUCUACCUCCGGGCGCCGCUCUGCCUCGAGAAGGAGUGCGUGGAGAGCAGCCGGCAACUGCUCCUGUGGGCCAACACCUCGAAGAGUCCCUGCCACGAUACGUACGAGUGGGCCUGCGGCAACUUCGCCUCCGACUACGCCAACCACGACUACUUUGUGAUCAAGCGGGGCGAGUGGAACUACAAGACUUACAACGAGUACCAGGAACUUAAUGAACUGAACCGAUUUAUAUCCAUGCUGCCGAACUCCGGGGAGGGAGCCUACUCCGUCGAGUCCACGGUAACCAGCUUGUACCGCAGUUGCCGAGAGAUCGACUCCCUGGACAAGAGCCAGUCGGAUUUGUUGCUGAAGCGGGCCAUCAAGUCCGUAGGAGGAUGGCAGGCGUUCCGCGACUCCAAGAGACUUCAGGACUGGGACUACAAGAAGGCUCUGCCCCACAUCCACACCAAGUACGGAAUAUUUCCCUACUACAGAGUGAGUGUGGAGAACGGCUACAACCAUCCCCACGACUAUGUGAUCACCCUGGACGAGGGCGAGAUCGGUCUGCCGGACAAGUACUUCUAUGGCAGCGAUGUGGACGAGGAGGUGGUCCGGGGCUACAAGCUGCUGCUCAGGGACUUUGCCAUAAAUAUGGGCAUUGUCUCCCGGGAGGCAGACCUCUUUGCGGAUGACAUCUUCCACUACGAGAGGCGGAUUGUGAAGCACAUCGAGGAUGCGAAGGCUUCGGGCGAUCGCCAGCUGAAUAAACUAAUGCGUUUGGCGGAUCUCAAGACCACCGCUCCUUCGCUGCCCAUCUUGGAGUCUCUGCAGACCAUUUUCCCCAAAACUAAGAUCACCGAAGAGACCGAAGUGCUGGUACGAGACGUUGAGGUUUUGCAUGCUUUGUCCAUUUUGCUCUCCACUUCGGACAAAAAACCCAUUAACAACUUUAUAGUGUGGUCCUUGGCCCGGCAGAUGCUGCCCCACCUGUCCAAGGAGUACCGCAUCCUGGCAGAGCACUUCGAUCAUUCAGUUUACGGCAGGACUGCCAGCUACCCCCGCUGGCUGAUCUGCAGCAAGGUCGUGCGGGACUGGCUGCCCUUCGCGGUGGAUGCACUGCAGCAGCAGCCGCCCAGGCAGCAGUUCGAGGCGGCACCAGUCUCAGUAGCCUCCCCCCGGGGCGGCAGCCUAAACAAGACGCAUGGCAACGAAGAGUUCCUCCGCCUGAUGUUCUACAGCCUGAGGAGCCAGCUGAAGGACUCGUUGGGCCAGGCCCAGUGGCUGGAGCCGGCGGCCAGGCAGUUCAUCCAGAAGAAGCUCACCGAGAUGCGGCUGCAGUUUGGCAUUCCGGACGAGGUGCUCCAGCAACCGAACUACCUGGCGGACUACUACUCGGACCUCAUGUUGAACAACCUGUACUUCGUGGAGCACCUGGAGUCCAUUUGGGCCUUCCGGCGCAUGCGCAUGGAGAAGAAGCUGACCACUUUGGGCAUGCUGGAUGUCAUUGUUUCCGAGAUGUACACAAGGGACGAUCCGCAGGCCAUCGCCUACUCCAACAAGCUCAACAUGCUGCUCGUCUCCAGGGUGCUCAUCAGCUCCAACUACUACGACUAUCGGUAUCCCGUAGCUGUGAACUUUGCCCGCAUUGGAACCGACAUACUGGAGGCCCUCAUCGACAACUUCUCCACGUUCCUGCUGCAGUUCAACGCCCAGAGCGUAGACGUAAGCGAUGCCGUCCCAGAAAUCCGCUACGCCCAGCCGGACGUCAACUGUUUGGCGGCGGGCCAGCCCCCCAGAUUGGCCCACGAGCUGAGUGAAUUGUCCAGCAGCGCCCUGAAGAGCUUCCAUGUCACGCUGAGUGCCGCGCGGACGGCGGCCAGGGCUCUGAGCAGUUUCGUGGGCGCCGUCGACGCCGGCAAUGCCAUCCAGGGGGCGGGCAUCGACCAGGUGAACACAUACGAGGCCCUCGGCCUGACCAGGAGACUAAGGGUUCCCGGCCUGCGGUCCUUCAACGAGAACGAGCUCUUCACUUUGGCCUACAUGCAGCAGCACUGCAGUACCACCAUUGCGGACAAGGACUAUGCCAGGAUCAAGCCGCAUGUGGAGAGCCAGCUGGCUGAGAGAUAUCUAUUCAAUGCCACCUGGCAGCACAUCCAGUUCCUGCCGCGCUCCACAAACUGCGCCGUUUCGGAGGAGAGCUGCUCCAACCUGCUUUGAGAAACGUUCACCCAUCCACCCGGACCCCUGCCGCCCCCCGAUCCCUGUGGAUGAGCCCUCGAUAGAUACGAAGUUGGAUGAACAACCUAUUUAUUGUACUUUUUUUUACUUCCCACACAUUACCCGAGACAGACAGAGAGAUACCACAACACACAAAAGAAACACGCAUGCAUCGCCUUAGCCUUAGUGUAGCAUUAAGCUUAGUCUGUAGGUUUAAACCGGAGGACUAACACCGACUAGCCACUGUUGACAUCACUUCGCACAGAAGAACCAACAAACACACCAGACAAAACAUUAACCAUCCAAACCAACUUACUAUUCCCCGACUUAACGACCCUAACAGGAAGUUGUUAACCGCGUUAGCUGUGUAGCAAGUCGAUUAAGUACGAACCUAUUGGCUAGGUUAGUCCGUAGUUACUAGUUAGUUGCUAAGCAAAGAUUGCCACCCUGUAUAAAUUGAUGAAUUUGAUUUGAUUGAGUUUCUGAAGAACAAUUAAACGAGAAUAACAUUUCACCGAAAUGAGAAAA